GGACGGUCUGGUUGCGAAGGUAGUGGUCGUGGUUAUUUGCUGCUAGAAGACGCAAGUGCUUCCUCCAGAGCUUCCCCGCGGCCAGGCUUGGUGGGGAAAAAAAUCGGUUUAUUUAUCCGUCAAGCUCGCCGUGGGCGACUCGUUUCUGUUUUUUGAAUGAUAAUACCGUAAACUAGUCUGUAAGGCGAGCUCAAAUUGCUCUGAACAGUAGGGACACGAAAUUACAAUGCCAUCCCCAAUGGAGGGAUCUUCCAGAGAAGGUGACCUGUUUACUGUGAAACAUGAGCUGAAAAAUGCCAACCUGACCGGGCACAUCGAGAGGGUGGGAAUCGAAAACUUCGAGCUAUUGAAGGUUCUGGGCACAGGAGCGUAUGGGAAGGUGUUCUUGGUGAGGAAGGUGAGUGGCCACGAUGCCGGGAAGCUGUACGCCAUGAAGGUGUUGAAGAAGGCGACCAUCGUACAGAAAGCAAAGACGGCCGAACACACCCGGACGGAGCGGCAAGUGCUGGAGCACAUCCGCCAGUCCCCGUUCCUCAUCACGCUUCACUAUGCCUUCCAGACCGACACCAAGCUGCACCUGAUUCUUGAUUAUGUAAACGGGGGGGAGCUUUUCACGCACUUGGUGCAGAGGGUGCGCUUCAAGGAGCAAGAAGUAGCACUGUACAGCGGGGAAAUCGUCUUGGCACUAGAACAUCUACAUAAGCUUGGAAUUGUCUAUCGGGACCUAAAACUGGAGAAUAUUCUGCUGGAUUCAAAUGGUCAUAUAGUUCUUACAGAUUUUGGCCUAAGUAAAGAGUUUGAUCAGGUUGAGAGGGCGUUCUCUGUCUGUGGCACUAUUGAGUACAUGGCUCCAGAAAUAGUUGAAGGAGGGGAUUCUGGACAUGACAAAGCAGUGGACUGGUGGAGCCUUGGUGUAUUGAUGUACGAGCUCCUGACUGGUGGAUCGCCCUUCACUGUUGAUGGAGAUGAAAAUUCCCACUCAGAUAUUGCCAAGAGGAUUUGCAAAAGGGACCCUCCUUUCCCCAAAGACAUGGGACCGCUGGCCAAGGACCUAAUCCAACGACUGCUUGUCAAGGAUCCAAAGAAGAGAUUAGGGUCCGGUCCUAACGGAGCAGAGAAUGUGAAGAAACACCCGUUUUAUCAGAAAAUUAACUGGGAGGAUCUGGCGGCAAAGAAGGUACCCGCACCGUUCAAGCCCGUCAUCCGAGAUGAGCUCGACGUCAGUAAUUUUGCAGAAGAGUUCACAGAAAUGGACCCCACUUACUCCCCGGCAGCUCUGCCUCAGAACUGUGACCGCAUUUUCCAGGGGUAUUCUUUCAUGGCCCCCUCCAUCCUGUUCAAGAGGAAUGUGGUGAUGGACGACCCCAUCCAGCUGUGUGGGGGCUCUGAGAGGCCCGGCUCCGCCGCCGUGGCCCGCAGCGCCAUGAUGAAGGACUCCCCUUUCUACAUGAAUUAUGAGAUGGACCUGCAGGACAGCGUUCUCGGAGAGGGUAGCUUCUCCAUCUGUCGACGCUGCACCCACAAAAAGACGGGACAACAAUACGCAGUCAAGAUAGUCAGCAAGAGGAUGGAGGCGCAGACUCAGAGGGAAAUAGCAGCCCUGAAGCUCUGUGACGGCCAUCCAAACAUUGUGAAGUUACAUGAAAUUUACCACGACCAGCUCCACACAUUCCUGGUUCUGGAACUGCUCGGUGGAGGAGAGUUGCUGGAGAGAAUCCGGAGGAAGCAACACUUCAGCGAGACGGAGGCCAGCCGCAUCAUGCGCAAACUGGUGUCCGCCGUCAGUCACAUGCAUGAUGUAGGAGUGGUGCACAGGGACCUGAAACCAGAGAACCUGCUCUUCACGGACGAGAGUGAGAACUCCGAGAUAAAAAUCAUAGACUUUGGCUUUGCGAGGCUAAAACCUCCAGACAAUCAGCUGCUGAAGACUCCCUGCUUCACCCUGCAGUAUGCUGCCCCAGAGAUCCUCAAAUAUACCGGCUAUGAUGAGUCCUGUGACCUGUGGAGUCUGGGGGUCAUUCUGUACACCAUGCUGUCUGGACAGGUGCCUUUUCAGUGUCAGGAGAAGAGCCUGACCCACACCAGUGCCGAGGAGAUCAUGCACAAAAUCAAGCAAGGAGAUUUCUCUUUUGGAGGCGAGGCCUGGAGAAAUGUAUCCCAGCAGGCUAAAGACCUAAUACAAGAGCUGCUGACGGUGGAUCCAGACAAGAGGAUUAAGAUGUGCGGCCUCCGUUACAACGCCUGGCUCCAGGACGACAGCCAGCUGUCCUCCAACCCACUCAUGACCCCCGACAUUCUCGGCUCCUCCACUGCCUCUGUUCACACGUGUGUCAAAGUGACCUUUAAUGCAUUUAACAAAUGUAAACGGGAAGGUUUCCGCCUGCAAACAGUGGACAAGGCGCCACUAGCCAAGAGGAGGAAAAUGAAAAAGACAAGUACCAGCACAGAGACCCGCAGCAGUUCCAGUGAGAGCACCCAUUCCUCUUCCUCCUCCUCCCAGUCUCAAGAGAAGACAUCAACAGAGGGCGAACCCAUUCCGCCGCCUUCCAACAGCCCCCAUGUCAACACAUCAGGGCCUGAAGAAACAGACUGCGGAGAGCAGACGGCACUUUCAGCCUUCCACUUUUCAGAGGGACAGUGAGACAGCAGGAGACAAGUCCAGAUUCAGCCUCAUUGACGGACCGUGGAGCCGACUCUCUUCUUUGUCUGCGCCCCUGAUAGCUUCCUGCCUCCAGCUCUAUUGCAUGGACGUCUGCAUGUCACCAGAACCGAGCAUGCAGCAGGAGCAGCAGCUUGCGCCGUAAUAUCACUCAAUCAGUCAUCACUAGCAAUAGCCUCUCUUUCCUUUUUUAUUUUUCUCCAGCUUUCACACCUUCUCUGUAUCAAUCAGGGACUGGACCAGGCAGAAGUUGUCGUUGUUGUCUUAAGGGCUGCUCCCGCUGCCCCCGGUCCAGGAAGAUAGAAGGGAGAGAGAUUUUUAUUCUCGUCAUUCAAAAAAAAAAAAAGAAAGAAGAAGAAGCUCGGUCCGCUCCUCGUUCUCUGUAUCUGUCCACGUCUCUAGGCGUUUUUUAAAGGGAAACUUGUAGUAUUUAAACCAUGGAGGCUUUGUAUUUUUCGUCAAAAGGAGAGAAGAUAUGUAACAAAACCGUGGGUCAAAUUGCUUCUUUGAGAAGUCUCUGAGAGAUGGAGCGUUUAUUUAUAUGUGAAUUUUAGACUGUAAUGUAUUUAUGAUAAGCUAUAUUGUUAACUUAUUUAUGGCUCCAAAUGAGCCCGAAUAGAAAUAGUGGAUACAGAGAGUCUUUUAAAAAAAAAAAACAUAUUUUUGUGUACGUACAGUUCUUUAUUAGCAGGUUAUUAAGACAGUCAUAUAGACAUUGAUAUUAUGGACAAAAGAAAAUAGCCAACGUUGUUGUCAGUUGUUAAAUAUUUUUUAAAUAAGCAGAAAUGUAAACAUUUUAAGAAACAAGCCAACGUGUUUUGUAGUUUCUGCCAAAUCCAAGCGUUUAUUGUCGUCUUGAGGACUCUGCAGCCUGCAGGGAUGCGACCCUGAGAGCAGGGCUUAUUUCGAGUUGUUUCCUCCGAUGUGGGAGUACUUCAAAACUUAGCAUGGCUGCUUAUCUACGAGGCGCUGUCCUCAGGUCAGCAGCAUUUAGCGCAGCAGUGGACUAUUCUUCGGCCGCAACGCGUAAGACUUAAUUGUGUCCUUCCCACUACAGCCAAUUAGAUCUUCGGUGGCCCAGAUGAAAAAUUCAGAUCCGCUCAAUGUGAGAUGAAGUAGAGCUUUCUCUGAUUGACGAUUGAAAGGGGGCAGCUUCAAGUGGUCUCCUGUUCAGAAAUAACGAAAUGCAAUUACUUGGUAACAGGAAGCUUGUUUGUGCGUGCCAAAAUUGCAGCUGAAUCAAGUAAUGUCCGGUUUCCAGCUACGAGUGUAGAGGUGGUGAUAUUUCAGGAGACUGCGGGGCACCAUGGAGUAAAAAAAAAACAAAAACAUGUUGCGUUUUAAAAAAAAUGGGAAAACUCUUUUAUAUCUGACAGAAGUCAGCUCGUUCGCCAUCUUUGAUGCUGUCCUUUCUCCGUCUACCAUGUCCCGUUGCAUGUCUGAAAUAAGGAACUGUGCAGAUAUUCGGUCAGUGCUAAGUUUCCGGUGCAUGAUAUAAUGUGAACUGAAUCAUUGGCAACUUUUAUCCUUUUGUAUUUAUGGCCUUAAAGGCAGAUUCCUACUUGAUUCGGUGUGAGUUUGUUUACUUGCACAUGUUGAAGGUCCUGAUUCAGUUUGGGACAUUGGAGUUUUACUCGUUGAUUCGUUAUAAAUGUACCAACCCCCCCCCCCCCUUAAACUGGAGAUGCCCUGAGAAGAGAAGUGUGGCUGAUUUACCAUCUCUGAUUUUUGUAAAGCUUUGACCUGCCAAGGCCAGUUUUAGCCAACUCCGAUUUCCCUUUAAGAGCUAAACUAUGAAAACAGCAGUGGAAAUACGUGUUUUUGUAGCUUUGUUGUCGUGAGGGGGGUCAUCAAGGUUUUACUAUUAUUUUAAAAGAACAACAAAAUAAUGACUGAUUUCAGCUAAACUCUUGUUAGCCUCUUAUAUUAGCGGUUAGCGUGGUCAGCCAUUCAAAAACAGCAGUCUCUAGCUGUAUUUCCUAGAGAAUGUAGACCUUUACAGGAACGCUGACAUUUCCAUUACAGCCAAAAGGUUAAACGCUCCUGAGGAUCAAACAGAGCAAGUUUGCUGUGCUCCGGUCAGCCUUCCUGCUACUCUGCGAAAGCUUUGCUCUCGCUCGCUUUGCUGCAGCGUGAUUGAACCGUGGAAGUGAUCGAGCCCGGGCGUUGUUGGGAAUGAGAACAGCCGCCUCGUUGAAGAACAGCUGCCCGGCUCAGCUGUUACUCCAUACAGGCAGAGCAGAGGUGGACCUUUCCUCUUGGUGACCCAUCGCCAGACAGACUAUCGUGGCAUUAGGAGAAAGAAGGGAGAGGCAGAAAUUGAGCGGGACGGUAUAGAAAAAGAGGCGGAUUUAGCCUUUGAGGAGUCAGACUGCAGACGUGUCUCGACAUGUCAUUAAAAAUGUUUUUUUGUGUCUUUGGAACGGCCUCUUACAUCUCUGUGCUUCCUCUGCCUUCAGUUUCAACACCUUACUGCUACCGAAAACAGCCAGCUUUGAGUCUUCUCCCCUCUCUGAUAACCCACACCCGCACCAAAGAGUGUUGUUGUCGUCUUGACCCGGUAGCGCUUAGGGUACGUUCACUGAUCGGGGGGGAAACGGUGGGGUUUUUGAGAUUCUCACCCCCCCCCCACAAAGUGAAAAAUGGUCCGAUUCCGGUAACCGCUUGAUCACUCGGUGCACCUCUACUUUUCACUCUAGCCUAAAUAUUAUAUUGUCCCAGUGUUUUAGUCAGUAUGGUUUUUAACGCCAUGUUGUUCUAGUUAAUAUGUGUCUCUUUCUAAAAACUGAAAUACUGUAUUUAAUUAUUUUUUUUCUAUAAAGGGGUACUGGAGAUCAGAUGUGAAAUGUAAUUCCUGAGCUUGUCUGUUUUUGUGUCCUUUCAAACACGCUCUCGCCAUCUGCCAUUUCAAUGCACUCUGAAUCUGAACCAAAGCAUUAACUUUAAGGUAGCUGCUUUAAGCUGCAUGAAAACAAAAAGGUUUCCUGUUAUGCAGAUAUGCAAAGUAGUGCUUCACAUACUGUGUUUAGUUUUGUUCAAAAUGUUCAAGAUUACUGUUUAUUACUUUUUUUUUUUUUUUAAAGCAACCAACCUGUUAUUUUUCUUCUUCUUAAGAUCCACAUCCAGCACACACCCUCAUGGCUGAAACUAUGCAUCUCUUUUUUGCUGUUGUGUUGCUUUUGUCCCUUUGUAAAAAAAAAAAAAAGAAAAAAGAAAAAGAGAUCGAAUCAAAUGGGUUCAAACAUAAAAGGGCGUAGCACAAUGUACAUGUACGGUGCUUUUUUUUUUUUUUUUUCCCCUCUUUCGUUUUUCAUCUGAUAGCGUCAACCAUAAAAGAAGAAGCAAAGUGGGGAUCCGUUGCCCUUCUAAAAAGAGCUGGAAUCCUUGAAACUAAACACUACAAAGCUCUCGUCUAAGUUAGCUCGCAUGAGUUCCCCCGUUGCUGCCUCAUUAAGCCUCUUCUUUUGUUUGGGUGUAUUAAUAGCUCAAGUGGAGGAAGAGGAAGAGUGUCCUAUAUUGAGCUCUCCUCUGGGAGCCGUGCUCUAUUAACUGAUGUGCUGCGCUGCUGUUUGUUCCAAAGAAAAAUACCGUCCUCCUCUCUGUGUCUCUGUGGGGCCGAGCUUCACUUUCUUUGCAGGGAGCAGAACAGUGCAUCACAUUAAAAAGGGAUAGUUUGUGGUCCCCACCCCUGCUUUUGACAAGCAGCUUGUUUGCUGCUGUCCUGCUAUGAAAAAAGAGAGAAAGAUGGACGAAGGACUUAGUGUUAGAUACGCGUGAAGGUUUAAUGAAAUUUCUCCCUCCUCCUCCAGUGCUUCCUCUCUUUUAAAGGUAAAAGCAUCCCACCUGACAGAGCUAAUCCUUUUUUAUAUCGCCCCGUUUUAAAGUCCAAGCUCUCUUGGUGAAUUGUUUCGAACUUUGUCUUUUGCAAAGCAAAGCAACGUCGCGUUGCACGCUUUUGGUGUUAAAGAAACAGGCUUAGAGUUGAGUUUUCUGAGCGCUGAACGCACUGCGCCUCUGUGUAGAUCGUUGGUCAAGCCCUUUUAUCGCGUUUCUUUGAACAGGGUAAGCGAUGAUUAUACACAGAGCUGAUCAUGGUGCUGAAGUGCCCAAAGCGAUUUUUUUUUUUUGAUGUUUUUAAAACGACAUGGCCCUUUAAUGAAGCGAUUCUCCUGCCGGGAUUACUUGAGGACACCUAGAAAGACUGCCGUAGUAUUUCUGCCUCAGGAAUUAAAAAAAAAAGGGGGGAUUUCAGAAUGGAAAGAGGCUUAUUUUGUGUGUAUUUAUUGUUAUAGUCUAUAAUGAGGGAACCACUUUCAUCAGCCUGGGUAUGUUGCAACUUCUUUGACUGAAAUUUAUCAAAAAUAUUCUCAAUAAAAUGCGUGUUUAUGUCAGCAUACUGAAAAUAUGUAACGUUCACAUUUGUUGAACUGACAUGGUAACAUAGUCAAAAUGUAUGUGUGUGGGUGUGUUUUUUAUUAAGCUGUCGAUGUAGAGUUCAACAGAUGCUUCUUAAUGGGUACUUUGAUUAAUUUUUUUUCUUACAAAGUUGGCUUAAAAUGACUAUAAAUCCUGGGUGUGCGGCAGACUCGUGUCAUAACUCAAUGCAAAAGCAGCCAUAUGAGAAGUGGUUACUACACACUGACCUCUUCCAGGACAUUAUUGUGACAUGAAUUGUGCGUGUGUGUGUGUGUUUUAAAGAGAAUCUAGUUCUGCAUGUGUAGUUUGGAAGAAUGGGAGACAUUGUCACCACUGUGUCAUAUUGCAUGUGCUGCCGCUUGAUUCUGUUUUUGUUUUUUUUCAGUCUCAUUGGGUCAAUAAAGUACUGUAGCAGCAGAUCCCUUUGAAAUUGAGCAAAUGUGUGACAUAAGGAAAAACAAAAUUAAGCUUUAAGGGCAAAAAUGUGCAUUCAGUUAUUUAUUUUUUUAUACAACAAUAAGAAAUGAUCCCCUGUCGAGACGUUUGAUUAAUAUAUUUUGCUCGUUUAUCCGUCUGUUCAUGUUCAUGGCUGUUGUUCUGUAAUAUAAACCUCAAUAAGACAGUACUUUUUACCUAAGACAAGAAUAUACUUUGUGCUUACCUGCUUUGUAGAGCACUGUGGAGAUCCUUUUUAUUUCAGGUCACAUCGGUUACUUUGUACUGAUUGAAGGGGGGGAAAAAACGUAAUUUUCUUCAAUAAAAUGCUUUAUAAUGGCUGACCACA